GGGCCGCGGCGCGGGCGGACCGCGGCGAUCGAGCCCCGGGACCCGCCGCCUUCGGCCUUGGCGGAGGGAGUGGGGUAGUUUCCCAAGGGGGCGGGAGCUCCGCGUUCCUACCGAAAAAGCGCCUCUCCGACUCCUCAGCCUUUCUCCCGGGACCUGCCCCACGCCCGUGGACCCCCUGCCCAGGCUCCGGGAAGCCAGAAAGCAGAGACAAAAGGAGCAAAGCCUUGGGCCGCCUGGAUGCGGAGGGCGCGUGGGGGAGGGGCGCAGGGCGGACCGGACAAAGGGGCUUUUUAGGGAAAGCCUGGAGGUCUGAUUUCAGGGCGCAUUCCAGCUGGCGUGGGGUUCCCCCGUCCCAGCGCACCCCACCGUCGCUGCUGGAGGCGAGCGCCUUCGCCAGUGGGAAGCGGGGAGAGGGGAGAAAGAACUGGGCCCCAUCUCCCGCCCUCGGUGGCCGGGAGGGUCCCGGGCUAUGUCCCUUCUUUUUCCGCGUCUGGCUCCGGCGGCGAACCACUGAUGCGUUCAUUCAUUUGGCGGAAGUUGAGGAAGGCUUCUGUCCUCUGCGGGGCGCUGGUGGGGACGUGGGGAUGGGAGGGGAGGCCCUUGCUUUAAAGAACUUCCAGUCCCCAGGAGAAAUUUAGGGAACUUUAAAAAAUACAGGAGAGUGGAUGGCUGCAGGGCAUGGAAGACUUUUCUGAUUCAGACCUUUUCCUUAGGAAGUGAAAAGCCCAAAGAGAUGCAGUUUUUCUCUUUCAAAGAUGGAAUUCCAAGUACUCCACUAAUAUGCAUGGAAACCUCUUCCGCCCCAGCUGGUGGCCUUGGUGGUGAUGCUCUGGGGUUUGGGGCUGGGGCAUCCGUCAGUUCCCCCACCUAGACUGGCUGGGAGCGGGGUGCGGAGCCCCAGGUUCCCUUGGCAGGCUGCGUGGAAUAACUGGGCAGACAGUGCUAUCGAUGGGUCUGGGGGCGUCUUUGGAGAAUUGGUUGGCCAGUCCCAUUCCGAACCUCAGAUUCUGCUGGGUGGGGAGCGAUGUGCCCCUCUGGGGGAGCAAGGAGUCUCUGAGAAUUCUGGAGGAUCAGGGCGCUGAGUUCACCUCUGUACUUCUCUCCCGUGAACUCAGUGGGGGAUUACCUGAGGGGCUCUUUCACCGGGUCCCUGGGCACCAGAGCAUCUGUGGAUAGAAUUCAGAGGGACUGGACCUUAGAUGGGAAAAAACAAUCUUUGUUUUACAUCAGCCUUUAGCAGCAAUUUGGCAUUGCCUAAGGUCGGAGGCCACUGGUGGUACCUGCAACUUGGUCACUCGUGGGACCUGCGGGGAGUGUCCCGUCCCACUGCAGCUGGUGUCACUGGCUCAGAGUAUUGUCACACAUACAACCUGUGUGAGAUUACCCACUGCAAAUCCUGUUUAAUGUGGAUAAUGAAGAAGCAUAUAUAUUACUAUGUUUUCUCUUUUUAGAAUGGUAUUUCAGUGUGAUUGGCUCUUUGAGUGAUUCCCUUUAUUUUAUGCAUUAAGAAAUAUGCUAUGAGCUGAUUCUAGAAACUUCCAUCACUCCCACCAGGUGCUGGGGGAUGGGCAAGGUGGAGGAAGGGUGCCAGUUACGCAGUCCUGUUUGUCCCCGGAAGAAUGGGGCAAACGCAUGGGGGUUGGGGAGAGAAGAGCUGCUGCUGGUUCUUAGGGAGACCCAGGGCGGGCUCCUCACCACGGAGGGGGGCUGCCCCUGUUGGGGCCCCAGCCUCAGCCUGGGGAGAGGAGGAGGUGGUCAGCCUGGAGGAGCUCUGGGGCUUGCACUGUUUGGAGAGAGGGUGUGUGCAGGAAUGUGAAGGUGAGCUGGGUGUGUGGAGGGGUGCUGGCGAAGGGGAUGGGGCACAGCUCUGCUCUGCAGAGCAUGACAGGAGCAGACCUCUGCCAUUGCCCCUGUAUGCAGAGUCAGCUGAGAGUUAGGGGGUCGUUUGGGGCAGGGGGAGGAAAGCAGAGAUAUGUUGGGGCCCAGGAGCUCAGAGAGAAUGGGUGUGGUAGGAGGAUCAGAGAGUGGGGGAACCAGAGGUGGUGGGGUAAAGCCUCAAGGGGGACAGCCCUUAAUCUGCAGCGUAUCUCUGUGUCCCCCGGUCUGGGGGGACCGGCUCUUGCUCCCUCCAGUGAAAGAGGGUGAAUUCUAGGUAGUUUUUGGUUUAUUGAAGGUCAGUGGGGUGGGAGGCCUGGAGGCUUACUUUUGUAGGGAACAAUUUCCAUUUUGGUCACUGGUCCCGUGUGUUUGGGGAGUAGGCUGAGAGCCCGAGGUCACAGGGGCCCUCCCAUGGAGUAGGGGAUGGGACUGGGGUUCAGGUCAGCACUCCACGGACCCUGUUGAGGGAUAGAUAUAAGCAAUACCCAGGCCGUGAUGAUCCCUGGGGGAAAUGACUGGGAUAAAACGAGAACAGCAUGGCGGCCUUCUUUGGGGCCCUAGGACCUCCGUAUAUGGAGUUCCAGGGUCACUGCCUUGCCUGAAGUUUUUAAAAAUCUGGUUUGGGGGAAGACUAAGCUCAGGCCUUGGUCUCCAUUUCAGAUUCUGGGACAAGCAAUGACCUAUCCUGGUUAGUUUGUAAAUUUCUUGCUGGUGAUCCCCAAGGACAGUGGACCUUCACCCUGCUUCCAGGGGACGUGCAUGCCUCAAGUUCUGGGAAGGGACGCCCAGGGGUGGGAAGGCGCUCAUGCAGCUUACAGCUCAGCACGUUACCGAGGGGCCCUUGAAGCCAUGACCCCUGUGGCCCUGGGGGUCUUCCGUGGGGAGCCCCCUUUUCUCCCUGCUCCCUCUCUCUGCUCCCGGAAGUGUGGAGGCCCAGGGCAGGAGCUGCCUCCCUGCGCCCGCAGGAUUACUUCAGGGAAGGACUUGCUCACCUGCUCCUCCCCUCUGACUCAAGUCACAACAAGUAACCUGCUCUGGGCCGGCAGGCAGCCUGGGAGGGGCAGCGGGCGGCAGGCGGGGCCAGAGGCAGGGGCGGCCAUCAGAGUGUGGCUGGGGAGCCAGGUCAGAGCGAGCACUGGAGGCCGGGGACCCCGGGAGACAGCACGUGGUGCCCCUCAGCCCCCUGACCUGGGAAAGGGGCUGUUUCCCGGACUCCUGGACUAACACCUAGAAGCAGCUGGGGAAACUCCAGGCCACCUACGCAGUCUGGCCCAGGGUGGGAACGGGGCCACCCCAUCCUGCUCUGUGCCCCCUCCUCCCGGGAGUCCACCAUGGAGAGUAAGGAUGAGGCCAGCGACACUGACAGCGGCAUCAUCCUGCAGUCUGGCCCCGACAGCCCGGUGUCCCCGGUGAAGGAGCUGACGCAUGCUGUGCGCAAGCAGCAGAGGGCCCUGGAAGAGCGGCUGGAGGCCUGCCUGGAGGAGCUGCGGAGACUCUGCCUGAGGGAGGCGGAGCUGACGGGUGCCUUGCCGGAGGAGUACCCCCUCAGGCCAGGGGAGAAGGCCCCCAAGGUCCGCCGCAGGGUCGGCGCCGCCUACAGACUGGACGAGCGGGCCUUGCACCCGGAGGACCCCCUGGGCGGCCUGGAGCGCGAGCUGGCCCUGCAGCUGCAGAUCGCAGAGGCGGCCCGGAGGCUGUGCCGCGAGGAGAACAUCGGCCGGCAGGCCCGGCGCCAGCGGAAGCGAGCGGUGCUGCAGGAGGAGCAGCGGCUGCGGGAGCUGCAGCGCUGCCUGGGUGAGCGGCGGCGCAGCAGCGGGCCCCCUCCCGCCGCCCUGCCCCUGGGCCGAGAGCUCAGUGCCUCGGAUGACAGCUCCCUGUCGGAUGGCCUGCUCCUGGAGGAAGAGGAGUCCCAGGUAGCAAAGCCUCCCCCAGAGGGUCCAGCUCCGCCUCCCCGGCCUCUCCCGCCCCAGAGCCUUGAGGGGCUGCAGCCAGCAGGACCUGAGGUGGGGGGCCUGGAGCGGGCCCCCAUCCAGAACAGCCCCUGGAAGGAGACCAGCCUGGACCAGCCCUACGAGAAGCCCAGGAGGUCUUCUGAACCCAAUAGCGAGUCCAGCAGCCCGGCCACCACACCACAGGAGGGGCCCAGUGCCUCCAGCCUGUGGCUGCUGGAGCCUGCCUCCUACCACGUGGUUCCCAUCCGCGGUGUUCCUGGCCAGUGGCAGGGCCGCACCAGUGCCCCAGCCACCCCUGAGAUGCAGGGGAGGAGGGGGCAGUCGCAGUCUCUGAGGGUGGACCCCUCGCGCCUGGGUCCCGAGGGCCGAGGUCGCAGCGCCUUCCCCCGCCGCCGCCCCACCCACUACACGGUGACCGUGCCCGACUCCUGUUUCCCGGCUGCGCGGCCGCCGCUGCCGCGGCCCGCCUACCACUCCUGCUCGGAAGACAGCGGCUCGGACGUGUCCAGCGUGUCCCACGCCCCCUCGCCGGGCCGCAGCAGCCCCGACGUCUCCUUCCUGCGGCCGUUGCGCCCGCCCGAGCCGCCCGCGCCCCGCGGCGCCUGCAGGGAGGCGGCGGCGCGGGGCCCCCGGCUGCUGCUGCGCGCCGGCUUCGCGGCGCCCGAGUGGGGGCUGAGCCCCGCGGUGCUGGGCGCCGCCCUGGAGGCCGAGGGCGCGGCGCUGCUGCUGCCCCGGCGGGCGCCCCCCGCCGGCCGCCUGGCGCGGACGCCCUCCCUGAAGGACGGCCCGGGCGGCCGCGCGCUCAGCAGGGCCGCCGUCUCCGAGGAGCUCAAGUCCUGGCACGAGCGCGCCCGCCUCCGCAGCGCCCGCCCGCACUCGCUGGACCGCCACGGCGCCUUCCGCGUGCGGAGCCUGCCGCCCGGGAGGGAGGGCUGCGGCCGCGCCCUGGCGCCCCGCGCGCAGGUGCCCACCGUGUGUGUGCUCCGGAGGUCGCCUGAGGGGGUCCCUGUGCAAGUCUUUGUACCUGAGAACGGAGAGAUCAUCAGCCAGGUGUAACCAAGGCCCGGGGUCAUAACCCCAUGCCCCAAAGGCCUCUGCCCAGCUCUUGGGAAAGACUGUUCCACGGCGGGGCUGGGCGAGAACUCCCAGCCUGGCUGCCCUCAGCUGCCUCAUCCCCAUCGCAGGUCGAUGAUCCGGAGCUGAGACUUUUGUUUUUUUACCAGUUUGUAUUCAGAAGCCCUUGGCCUGAGGAUUUCUAUUUGUGGUUGGUCCUUAAGAUCCCUGUAAUAUGAUAAUACUUCAUCCCUCGGAGACCAGUCUACUGGCCCUGAGGCCUGGCCUGUCGGACUUACAGCAUCUGUCUCCUUAUGCCAGACAAGCAGCAGGUGAUGGACGAAGCAGGGCCACGUGGGGCUUCCUCACACACCCCCUGCCCUGGUCUGAGGACUCCCCUGGAGAACGGCUCCUGGCCCUCCCGUCUCUGCAGCUGGAGGCUGGCCAUGGAACACUCAUGCCCGCUGCUCUGCAUUUCCUGGCUCUCGGGGUCCGUAGUGGUGCCUGGACAGGGGAAGAAUCCCCUUCCCCCUUUAUAACGUGCUCUGUGAUGCACACACCGGGUGGUAGGCUAAGGUCAGUAUAUCCUGAUGGAGUCUCAUCUUCCUGGACCAGCUAUCUUGCUGACCCCAUCAGCCCCCAGUAGGGCCCCCAGGCCCCGCAUGCUUUCCAUGUUCUGUGCCCUGGGCACUCCAGCAUCUGCCCAGACCUCUAGGCCUUGAGUGUGAGGCCUCACCAGAUCGGGACAUCAGGAGGGCUGACCUGUGGUGCUGGUUGGGGGAGACCGGCUGCCUCUUACCACCUUCUCUGGGCAUCGAGAGGGCUUGCCAUCCUACUGCUCUGUGAAGUCUUCUCAUCAUAGUCCUCAAAACCACUGUCUUACAAAUAUUUUGGGGAAGGCACCACUUGUAGGAGGGAUGGGCAGGUCCUGGCUCCUCUAUCCCCCCCCCCCCAGCUGUGCUUCUGCUCUGAGCCUGGAUUUCCUUGAAAGAGGGCAAGUCCCUAUCUUGACAAACAUGGGACUACUCGUAAGGGUGUUAACUGACUGUCCCCGCUGCUGAGACCUGAGCUGCCUGGAAGCCAUCCAUGCUGCGACCGUCUGAGAGACCCCAGGUUCCUGGCCUGGGGCCUCCCCUGCUGCCAGGUCAGGCACCCAGUUAGGGGCCCUGCUUCAACAAGAGGGCAGCUGACUUGAGGCUGGGAAGGGUCAGGGAGAGCUGAGUCCUGGUCUGUCCAUGCAGAGCCCUUUCCUGUCCGAGUGCCCUGCACUUGGAUGGAGACUACGAAUACAGCUUAGGAUUCCAAGAACCCUGACACCUGACCCAGAAGAGGCCCAGCUCUCCCCACCGGCUAGACAGCACAGGGGUGCUGCGGGAAGGGCAGCCAGAGCCUCCCCCCACUGACGGGGUCAGUGCUCCCCCUUUUAUGUCCGAAUGCCCUACUUUGGAUGCUGUUGUCUUCCAGUUUGUCCCAAGCCCUUUUCCCCAGGGUGUACCACCUGUCUCCCCUCCCAGGGUCCUCCCGGGAGCCCAGAGCUGCUCAGCCUGCUCCGCCCACACACCCGAGUGUCCCGUAUGCUAACUUAUUGGUCCUCUGUGAUGCCCGGUGCAGUUGCGAAGUGGCUUGUGCUCAGCUCCGGGGCUGGAACUGUGGGUUUUAGAGCCAAAUACUUCAAUAAAGUCUGUUCUUUGUGGUUGGCCAA